AUGGCUCCGGAAGAGGCCCCGAUAAUCGUCAAGGAAUUUCCACCGGAGCCACUGCCCGGUCGGGACUCGGAUCAGUCUAACUUCUUGGAAGCAUGUGCUGUUCGACUAACAGGGGAUUGUGGGGAAGCAAUUUUCACUGAUAUCUUUUGGAACCAAACUAGCCCUAUCAGUGACCAUUUCUGCUGGAAUCUUGUGGGGUUAGGACUUCGCUGCCACGUUGGUUUGGUAGCUAAUAUAAUAAAUAACCACCCUGCAGCCUUCAAAGCGAAUGAGAUCAUGCUUCUUUUGAGAAGCGUGGACAUCUGGAAUAUGUGUGCUUUGGUUGCAAAAGUUGAGGCCCCUAUCCCUUCUCCCUCCCCACAUGAAGAAAAUAAUGAGACUGUUUUCUAG